CUGAACAUGAAUUUUAGCUCCCCAAAUUUUUUCAUCCUUUUACAGUUUCUUCUCCUUGUUUCUUUGGUUUAUCAUGUUUUUUCUUUCGAUACAAGUUUUCACCAAAUUUCCAAUCAAACUUUUCAACAAAAAGAAAAGAUAGCAAAUCGACUUCAGCAGAUCAACAAACCUUCUGUUAAAACAAUUCAUAGUCCUGAUGGUGAUAUAAUUGAUUGUGUUUUGUUUCAAAAUCAACCCGCAUUUGAUCACCCUUUAUUGAAAGGACAUAAACCAUCGGAUCCUCCAGAAAGACCAAAAGGGUAUAAUAAAAUAAAUAUUUUGAAUGAUAAUUUUCAAUUGUGGAGCUCAUCAGGCGAAUCAUGUCCUGAAGGAACAAUUCCAAUCAUAAGAACUACAGAGCAAGACAUAUUAAGAGCUGGCUCUCUCGACAGAUUUGGAAAAAAAUCCAUUGACCAAGUUAACUCCCUUGCACACGAGUAUGUAAAUGCACAAUUCCGUGACGGUGGGUACUAUGGAGGACAGGCUUCCUUUAACGUGUGGGCCCCUCAUGUGGAAUAUGCUUAUGAAUUUAGCUUGUCACAAAUGUGGGUCGUCGCAGGUGCUGGAGAAGAUCUCAGCACCCUUGAAGUUGGUUGGCAUGUGUAUCCACAGUUGAAUGGCGACAACCAUACUAGAUUGUUUAUUUAUUGGACGGCUGAUGCAUAUAAAAAUACUGGGUGCCACAAUUUACAAUGUCCAGGCUUUGUUCAAACUAACAGCAAAAUUGUAGUUGGAGGAGCAAUUUCUACAACUUCUAUGUAUAAUGGGAGCCAAUUUGAAAUUUCUCUUAUGAUCUGGAAGGAUCAAAAGACAGAUCAUUGGUGGCUUGAGGUUGGACCUGGAAAUUUAAUUGGGUAUUGGCCAUCAUCUUUGUUCCCAAACUUCAAAGAUCAUGCAGAUAGAGUUGAUUUUGGUGGAGAAAUAAUUAAUUCAAAUUCCAAGGGGACUCAUACUUCAACUCAAAUGGGUAGUGGACAUUUUGCUGAGGAGGGUUUUGGUAAAGCUGCAUUCAUUAGAAAUAUGGAACUUGUGGAUCAUAAUAACAACUUGAAUAUGGCACAGAAUCCACAAUUUCUAGAACAGUUUCCAAAUUGUUAUGAUCAAAAAAUAGGAAGUUCUAAAGAGUGGGGGAGUUACUUUUACUUUGGUGGACCUGGUAGGAAUAUCAAGUGUCAGUAAGGGAACAAAUAAUAUAGUAAAAGAAUUAUAAAUGUGAACAUUAUUUUGACACAAAA